CAACGGGGCUACGUGUUUGAUUUUUGGAUCUUUAUUUUCCAAGUUUCUGUCAAUUUUACCACAAAGUUGUUAAAAUUUGUUUCAAAAUCUUUGAAAUUUUGUUAUUAUUUUUUUUUGUUAAACUGUUUGAUUAUGAUGAAUUAGUUUUGAUUGUUAUUUGAAUUGAAUCACAAGUUUUUUUUUCUUAUUUUGAAAUUCCAAUUUGUACUCAUGUUGUUUUUGUAUUCCAAAGUGUUGCAAGUCAAAAACAUAAUAAAAUAAAAACAAUGAUGAUGAUGGAUAAAACUUUCACCUAUUCACUAGAACAACAACAUCAAAUUGGUAAUAUCAUCAACCAAAACGUUUACACCAAUGAUUCCAUGGAAAAAGUGAUAUUAGGCGAAGCAACGACCUUGUCGACGUUCAUUCUUAAAAACAAUCAACGUCUAACAAAAGCUAAUUAUGUACAUUUAUCACGUAUGACAUCAAUGAUAAUCGAAUAUGAAAUUGAAUUCGAGUCGAAUAAUGAAAAAUGGAAAAAUGAAUCCAAUGAACAAUGGCUUCAGACGGUGGAUCCAUUGUUAAAAAAUUUGAUUUUAUUACGAUCUCGUUUGAAUCAGGAACGAAUCAACGGUUCAUUGGAUGCUAGUUAUUUAAAGCCAUUCUGUGAUGUAAUCGUCAAUAAAGAUGUUAGUGGACCAGUUACUGGUUUGGCAUUGCAAUCGAUCCAAAAGUUUCUUAACUUUGGUUUUGUCAAAGAUGGCGAAAUAGUUAAACUUAUCGCCGAAUCUGUAACAAAAGCACGUUUCGUUGGCACUGAUUCGAAUAGUGAUGAAGCUGUCCUCAUGACCAUAUUGGCCAUACUUGAAAGUUUGAUUGUCAUGCCAUUCUAUUCAUUAACCAAUGGUUUAAUUUGCGAAAUAAUGCAAAGUUGUUUUCGUAUAGCAUUCGAAAGCCGGUUAAGCGAAUUGUUGAGAAAAUGUGCCGUAAAAUCUUUAACCGAAAUGGUACGUGCAUUAUUUACACGUAUAUCAUUGUUCCAAGAAAAAGGUCAUCACAGUGGUGCCGAUGGUAGCCUCGGUAAUGGUGGCAGUGAUAGUGAUGUGUCCGAUUUCAAUUAUUUUUACCACGAUAAGAAUAAUGCUUCAUUCCAUAAAUUGAAUCGAAUGGGCAAACGAUUUGUUUCGGCCGCCGGACAAAAUAAACAUGUUAACAAAACAAAGCUAGAAGUAGCUAAACAAUCAACCAAGGAAGAUCUAACGACUUUGGAAUCACAUAUUCAAAAAUCCUAUGGAUUAGCAUGUGUUCACGAACUACUGUCAUAUUUAACAUCAUUGAUUAAUCCAUUGCCUGAUGGCCAAAAUACUGAAUACAUGGUCAAUGUUGGUCUACAAUUGUUGACUAUUAUAUUUGAAAUUAGUGUCCAUGAGAUUGGUGCAAAUUAUUGUUUACUGUCAGUGGUCAAAACCGAUCUCUGUUGGAACAUUAUGCAAUUGUUACAAAAUGAAAAGAACUUGAACACGUUUUCUAAUGUCUUGCGGUUAUCGUUUCUUGUAUUUGUUGAUCUUCGAAUGCAUUUAAAAUAUCAAUUCGAAGUUUUUCUACUUCGCAUAAUGGAUAUUGUUGCAACGGUCAACAUACCUCUAGAAUAUCGAGAUAUUUGCAUGGAAUAUUUAUUGCAAUUCUUUCAUCACAUUCCAUAUUUACCACAUGAAUUAUUUUUUAAUUAUGAUUGUGAUUCCUAUGCUUCGAACAUAUUGGAAGAUUUGUUGCAACUAUUGUCGAAAAAUUGUUUCUCUUCAUCCACCAACAACAAUCAACAUCAAAAUGUUCCGACAUCUCCUACAUCGUUAUCAUCAUCAUCUAAUUUAAAUUUCACUGCCUUACAGAUAUUAUCGUUUGAGGUGCUAUUAUCAAAUCUGAAAAGUUUACAAAUGGCUGAACUACUAAAAGAUAAAGAUGUCUAUCUUAUAGCGAAUCCAGCCACCAUGAUUGUCAAUAUUUCCAACAUCCGCGAUUUAGCAGUGGCAACUUUUGCUGUUGCUCCUAAACAGCAAACUAAUGAUGAUGAAAAAAGAAACAGUUUAACAAUGGAACAAUUCAAUAAUAAUAAUGUCAUCAACGAUAUCAAUCAGCAAACACAAAAUAAUUACCAUGAAGAUAAUUUAUCUGCCACUAGUCUUGCUAACAAUACGAUGGCAGAUGCUAUUGGCGGUGAUAACGAGAAUGGUCAAGUUGAUCAUGAUACUAUUGAACAACCAUUGUCAACGGAGGGAAAUUAUGAAACAGAAAAUUUUGAACUCGUCAACAAUUGUAUUCAAGUUGAAUCAACAAAACAAAAUAUUCAACAAACAGUACCGGAACCGAAUGCACCAACGAUUAAUAAGUAUUGUGUGACAUAUUUGUUUCCGCAAAAACCGAAUCUUCUCAAUAGCGAACAAAUAGAAGCAUUGAAACAACGAAAAAUAUUAUUGUGGGCGGCCACAGAAAAAUUCAAUCAAAAGCCUACCAAAGGAAUUGAAUAUCUUUAUGAGAAUAAACUUGUUCAAAAUGAUGAUGAUGUAGUUUCAUUUUUACGUAACAAUUCUCGGCUUGACAAAAAACCAUUGGGUGAAUAUUUAUCGAACAAAAAAAACAUGACUGUUUUGUCCAAAUUUGUACAAAGUUUCACAUUCAAAGAUAUACGUAUUGAUGAAGCUCUUCGAUUAUAUUUAGAAUCAUUUCGGCUGCCAGGUGAGGCUCCGCUCAUUUCAUUGGUCUUGGAACAAUUCGCUCAUCAUUGGCAUGAAUCAAAUGGCUGUCCAUUCGUCAAUGAAGAUGCAGCAUUCAGUUUGGCUUAUGCUAUUAUUAUGUUAAAUGUUGAUCAACAUAAUUCAAAUGUUAAACGUCAAACUAAUCCGAUGACAUGUGAAGAAUUUAUAUCAAAUUUACGUCAAGUAAAUGGUGGUACAGAUUUUGAUAGAAACAUGUUGACGGAAAUCUAUCAUAUGAUCAAAAACAAUGAAAUCAUCAUGCCGGCCGAACAACAAGGCGUGAUACGUGAAAAAUAUUUGUGGAAAUGUUUGUUGAAAAAUUCCGAAACAUUAAGUGGCGUCUAUUGGUUUCAUUUAAAUAAUGUCAUGAAAAAUCAACAUGAUUCGCCCUCAUCAUCUAUUGUCGAAAAUCAUUUCAAAAAUACAAAAGAAGAUUUCGUAGUCAAUCUAUCUAUUUUAGAUCGAUCAAUUUUUGAAAUUUCUUGUUUACCUUCGAUUUCGACUUUAACUUUAGUGUUUGAUAAAUUGAAUCCUGAUCGUCAACCUUGUAUGUCUCGAUUAGUUUUGAAUCAAGGUUUUGCUAGUUGUUCAUUACUUUGUGCAAAUUAUGGCCAUUUAGACAAUCUGAUUGAAAACUUAUCAAAAUUUGUUAUCGCAUCUCCUCGAAUAACUACCAAAAGUGAAUUGGUUGCUUAUUGUCUGUUUAAUAUCUGUAAAGAAUAUGCCAACGAAAUGCGAUCAUCAUGGAAAAAUAUUAUCGAAUUAAUAUUAUACUGGUACGAUAAUAAGUUACUUGAUGAUGGAUUAGAGAUUGAUGAUUUUGCACUCGAAUCGAAAAAGAUUAGUUUCACAAGAAAAACACCAUUGAAAAAUCUGAAACAACAAAGUGAACAAAAUCAAUCGACAUUUUUCCUAUCUAGUUUUUAUUCAUAUUUUUCCAGCAAUUCACCAAGCGAUCAAGAUAUAAUGAAUAAUGACAAUGAUGUUAUAGGUGCUGGUAAUGGUACAGGUAAUGUUGGCAACGAAACUAAUGAUCCUGAACAAUCAGGAGCUAAUAAUAAUAAUUCAGAUCCUUCGAAUCAACCUAAUGAUUAUUGCCAAACUUUAAUAUUGAUAAUUGAAGAAUCGAAAUUUCUACACAUUGAUUCCUUAAUUGAAUUGAUCAAGGCACUGAUUCAAGUAGAAUAUUGUGAUACAUUUGAUGAUGAUAUCGAAGUAUUCAAAAUGGAAAUGCUAUUAAAAGUUAUAUUCAUGAAUCGUGAUCGUCUUUCAAUAUUCUGGGAUCUAAUCUAUCGCCAUAUCAUUAAAUUGAUGCGUUAUUGUCCACAAAGUGAAUAUCUAACUGAACGUAUCAUAUCGUGUGUAUUUCGUUUGGCAAUUCGAUUCACAUCACGACCAGAUUUAUUGAAUGAUCAAAUCUUUCUACUUCUCUAUCAGAUUCUGAUAUUUUUUGAUCCCUAUUUGAUUCAACGUAAACACACUGCACAAACAUUGCAUUCAUUUAUAUCUCAUUGUAAUUGUUAUCUUACGAAAAAUGAACAAUGGGCACUCGUAUAUAAUUUGAUUUUAGCUAUUUCAAUUGGUUACUAUCCACCGAAUAAAAAACUUGGACAACCACCGGAACCACAGCAAUCGAUACAUAAUCAUCAACAAGCACACACUCCGUCAACACCAGAUUCAACCAAAAGAAAUUUUCCUCAAGAACCAAUGACCAAUGUUUUUAUACCAUCGAUACCAAGCAUGCCUAAUGAUCUAAGUAAAUUGGCUGCACAUUUGAAUGUUAAAAAGAAUUUAUCAGAGAAUAUUUUCUCAUUCAACACAUACCAGUAUCGAAUAAUGGAUGCUGAAGCUUAUGAAAAAUGUGUGGACAUAAUGGUAUUGAUCAUACGAGAAUAUUUGCCCAAUAAUGCAAAAUCAAUGCAGAAAAAUGAUUCAGUCAGUGUUUAUGAAAUUGCACAGAUGGCAGUUGGUGUUCUUUGUCGAUUUGUUGAAGCUUCCAUCAAGAUACAAUUUGCAACAGCUCGACCAAACGUAAGACAUGGUAAAAAUUCCAAAAUCGCCAAUAAAUCUCGGUUGUCUAGAUUGACCAAUGCUAUACUAUCAUCAAGUGAAUCUGAUAGUGAUGAUGAAUAUCAGCAACAGCAACAACAACAAAAACAACCAGUCAGAUCGGAAAUCACAUCAGUGACCGAAAAUGUUGCUCUGAAAUUAUUGGAUUUGAUGCAUUAUUUUCAUCUUUAUGCUCCAACGAUUGCUGGCGAUCAAAUUGGAUCAGAUGUUUUAUGGAAUACAAUCUGGUGCCCUUUGCUUCAAGCGAUUGCAUUCUUUUGCUGUGAUUGUCGUCGACCAGUACGAACCUGUGCGUUUACAUUUCUGCAACGAACGUUGCUAUUGCAUGAUUUACAGGUGCUAAAUGCCAACCAAUGGGAAUCUUGUUUUAACAAGGUUCUUUUCCCCUUACUUUCUAAAUUAUUGGAACCUAUUAAUAUGUGCGAUCCAAUCGGUAUGGAUGAGACCAGAAUGCGUACAACAAAUUUGCUGUGCAAAGUUUUCUUACAACACUUGAAUCCGUUAUUGACGUUGAAUACAUUCACAGCUCUGUGGUUGACCAUUUUGGAUUUCAUGGAAAAAUACAUAAAAGCUGAUAUGCAAACCGAGUUGGUGAAAGAGGCCAUACCAGAAUCGUUGAAAAACAUUCUUCUUGUGAUGAAAACUGCCGGUUGUUUCAAUGAAACAUUGGCAUCAAUCACUUGGGAUCGUAUUAAUAAAUUUCUGCCAAAUUUGUAUCGUGACUUGAUCGAGCCACAAAUCAAGCAGUCAGAACCAGCAACGAAUCAGGAAAUGCAUCACAUUGAAGCACCCUCAUCUCUAAUGUCAAUGGAAUCCUCACAGCCAAAUAAUCAAUCAAUCCAAACUGAAGAUCAUUCUAAAAAUCUUCCGCCUCCAACAGAAUCAAUUGUAGCCGAAACCAACAUUACAGGAAAUUCCCACCAACAACCAUCUCAAACGAUCCCCACAUAUCCAAUUUAUAACUUGCCUUCGACUUUUAUUGAUAUGGAAUCGGUUUGCAUUCAUUCGGAUUCACAGCAAUUACAGCAGAAAACAGCACCGGUGCCUUCUAAUCCAGAAGAAGUCACGAAUCCUAUUUCACAUUUAAAUUCUAGUCAACCAAUUCAAGAACCACAGCUUUUUCAAAGUACAUCGAAUCCUUUGGUUUAUCCAGGAACAAUAGCUCAAUUUUACCCUCGACAUGAAAAUUCUUCGAUGAUACAAACAACUGGUACAUCAUCAAUCUUGACCAAUACGAUGGCGUCAACUAAUUAUCCGAUUCUUUACUCAUCGAUUAUGGAUACAAAUAUGAACAAAAUGUCAAUGUUACCACAACCUGGACGAAUCCUAGUACCACAGUCAUCAUCAUCAUAUCCAUGGCCAUCACCAAAUGAUGAUACAACAUUGAUGAAUGCUCCACAAACAUCAACAUCUCAACAUAAUAAUCAACCACCGCAACAAUCUUGAAUAGAUUCUUUUUAAAAAUAAAUUUUAAUGGAAAAAGCAAAAUAUAGAAAAGAAAAACCAAAAAAUGUUUGCUUUUCAUGAUGUAAAUGGUUAUGAUGACGACAAUGUAAAGAAAAAAUAAAUAAUGGAACCAUAUGAAAAAUGGAUCGCUCCAUUCAUGCACACACACACACACACCCCAAGAAUUUCUUAUUCCAAAUAUAGGGAAGCGGGCAAUCUUUAUUUGAAACCAGAAAUAAAAAAAAAAUAUUAAUUAAUCAAAAUAGAGUAACAAAAUUACCCGCCCACACACACACAGACAUACAUAUUGAAAUAAUGAAUUGAACACAACCACAUAAGAAAAAAGAUGUUCAUGUCUGAAUAAAAAACAUCUAUACCAUAGGAAAAAAAAUU